AUGGAACAGGCUCGACAGUAUUACAGCAACAGGAACACGACUAUUGGGUACUAUGCUAUAAGCAUUAUGCUCGGGACAUUGGCCUGUGCAUACGGCUCCGUGCCAUUCUACAAGAUGAUCUGCCAAACGACCGGCUGGGGAGGACAACCAGUGCGCGCCCACGGCACGAGCGGCGAAAAGUACGAAGAUAUCUCCGCGCGCGUUGUCCCCGUAACGUCGGCGAACCGCAUCAAGGUCACAUUCAACGCCUCCGUUUCCGACGUGCUGCCCUGGAAGUUCGUACCGCAGCAGCGUGAGGUCAGUGUCUUGCCCGGCGAGACCGCUCUGGCCUUCUACACGGCCACGAACAAGGGCGAUAAGGAUAUCAUUGGCGUCGCGACAUACAGCGUCACUCCUGGACAAUGCGCCCCGUAUUUCAGCAAGAUCCAGUGCUUCUGCUUCGAGGAGCAGAGGCUGAACGCAGGCGAGACGGUAGACAUGCCUGUCUUUUUCUACUUGGACCCCGAUCUGUUGAACGACCUGAACAUGAGGGGUGUCGAGACCGUAACUCUCAAUUAUACCUUCUUCAAAGCGAGAUAUGACAACAAUGGAAGGUUCCAGCCACCAACCAGCUAG